CCUCGUUGAGGAAUCUACGCUUGACUGAAUUCGUGUGGAAUUCCACGGCCGAUUUUUGCUUGAAAAGAGUGAAAAACGAUGAACAGGCGUCGAGUGGGGUUUUUUGGCUAUUACACACGAUGAGAGUGGUGUUGACGGGAAGGUCUAAGUGUUUUCAAAUCUUUACUCAAACAGGUUGUCGAGUUUGUGUACAGUGUUUCUUCUCCAGAUUUGCGGCAUGACAUACCAGGGAGCUAUCUUGAAGACCAGAACGAGAGUAUUAUGGAUACUAUUGUCACUUGUAGUCAACGUGCAAGGCGGGGACUAUUUUGACUGUCGGCGAGACGGCCAGGACUGCGCCAACAGCAAGACGUGUCUGGAGACGGGUGUCGACACCGGAUAUUGCGACUGCGGCGGCACCACGUACCUCAGCUACGACUGCGGCUUGGAGGAUGCUCUGAAAGACACCGGACCCUGUACCAGUCUAACGGACUACUGCGGCACUGGUGGCGGGGUGUGUUACAACAACAGCGGAACAGCGGCGUGCCAUUGUCCGGCGAGCGCGUACGGGAACCAGUGUCAGCUCCCUCGCUAUGACGUCACAUGCGGCACGUCAUCCAUGUUGAUCGUGUUGAAUCCGUACGGAACGUUCGGCGGCGUCAUCUACGUCGACGGUAACAAGAAGACGGCGGGCUGUACGUUCACGACGACAGACCUCCCCGCCGGCAGACAGGGACUGGCCCUUAACGUGCUGGAUACCGACUGUGGUGGGGCGACGAUCAACUCGGCAAAUAACAAGUCUCGUGACGUCAUCGUGCAGUUCAACAACAAAUACCUAACAAGCGUGGACAGCCUGGUGACGGUCACAUGUGCAGAGGGAACCAACACUGUGGAGAUUCAGAACGACAUCACCAUAGUCAGAAACACCAAACAACAGAACAUCGACAACGUCCCAGACGUCGACUCAGCCGCUGUAGAGUUUAACAUCAGGCUGAAGGAUGGAACGCUGGCAUCGAGUAACGUCCCUUUGGACGACAAACUGACAUUGGAAUUUAUUGCCAGUCCAGUGACAACGACGUGCACGUACACGGAGCACCCGGAUCAACAGGGCGACGAGUCUGCCUACAAGGGGUUAAGCACGGAGGCGGACCUCAAGGCGUGCCAGGCGUUCUGCGACCAGACCUCGACCUGCGUGGCGGCCCAGUACACGGGCACAGCCUGCCACCUGUACACCACCCCCCAGUAUGGCAACCUGACCGCCCUGUCGGGAACAACUUACGUAGACAAAGUCUGCGUCACAUCAGGAUACGCUGCAAUCAGGCUAGAGUCUUGCACAGCCAAUAAUAAACGAUCGGAUGCAGAUCUGGAGACCUUGAAGAUUGUAGAAAAUGGCUGUCCGUCGUCUGAGAUCGGCAAACUGAUGAAGGCGAGACCGGCGCGCUCCCCGAGCACGACGAUCACGCUGCAGUUGCAGCCGUUCAUGUUAAACAACAACAACGCCAUCUUGUUGUCUUGUGUCAUCAAGGUGUGUCCCGCACAGCUCGGCUCUUUCUGUGACUCGGUCGACUGUAACGGGCAGUCUGGGUUCGGGAGGAAGCGUAGAUCAGUUCAUGUGUCGGACGAGACUGUUACGAAGAGCUUUACCGUUAGGCGCGUUUCUUCUCCUAAUGAAACAGAAACCGCACACAGUUCUGAUGAAGUGUGUGAACCGGAAGUGAACCUCAUUACUCCGAUAAUAGCUGGCGUUGCCGUGGUGACGUUCCUGUUGCUCGUCAUCUGUACUGUGACCUUGGUGCUUCUGAAGAAGAAAAGAUCCAAUCGGAAAAAAAAAUCUGGUUACAAGGAAGAGGCAUGAAAACCAGAUAUCUCAACUUGCUUUUUCUGAACGUUGACACUGAGGAGACGCGUGAAAACCUGACCUGACCUGAGCUCGUGCUUAUAAAACUUUUUAAGAGUCCAGACUCAAUCUCUAAUGACGUCACAUGCAUACAAUUUGUAUGGCGUUGUCAUGGCAUUAGUGUCUCAAACUCUAUUAGAGUCAAGAGUCUAGACUCGAGACUAAUAGAGUCUGAGACAGUAACAUCAUAGCAACGCCAUGCAAAUUGUAUGCGUGUGACGUCAUUUGAGAUUGAGUCUGGACUCUUUAACAAUUUUAUAAGCACGGGCCCUGGUGCGUAUAAAACGUAUAGAGUCUAGACUUGAGACUCUAAUAAGUCUGGAACACUAACGUCAUAUAAACUGAAUGCGUGUGACGUCAUUUGAGAUUGAGACUGGACUCUAAACCUUUUAUAAGCACGGGCCCAGAUUUCUCAGAGUGAUGUUUAUGAACGUUGACUUGACAAACAGAGUUAUCAGACUUGAAUUACCGGUGACGAAUUAUGUUGAAUCAAAUUACUGAAUAAAUUGUCCUUUUCUGGUUCA